AAGCUGGUCCACUCAUAUAUUCAAAACUUUAUACUAAAAUAUCUAUAAUAAGGUGAGAUAUAUCAAAGAACAAAAAGAAAGAAAAAAUAUCUCCAUUUCAAAUGGAUUUAAAGAUUCAAGAUGAGAAAAUAAGUUCAAAUAUUUCUAUUUUCUCUCCUGAUGAGGAAGUUGAAGUUAAAGUUGAAGCUCAAUCAAAUGAUGAUGAGGAAUUAUUAGAAGUUAAUAAUUAUAACUUCAUUAUUCCAAAAAAGCCCCACAAGUAUAUAGGUGUUCGAAAACGUCCUUGGGGAAAAUAUGCAGCUGAAAUUAGGGAUUCAACGAGGAACGGAAUUAGGGUUUGGCUUGGAACAUUUGAUACUGCUGAAGAAGCUGCUUUGGCUUAUGACCAAGCAGCAUUUUGCAUGAGAGGUCCUUCAAUUUGUUUGAAUUUCUCAGUGGAAAAAGUGCGCGAAUCGCUAACAAAAAUGGAAUGUAGCUACUUAUUGGAAGAUGGAUUAAUGUCACCAGCUGAAGCCCUAAAAGAGAAACACAAGAAGAGAUCAAGUAGAAUUUCAACAAGAAUGAAAAAUGUUAAACAAGAAGAAAAUGUGUUGAUAUUUGAAGAUUUAGGUGCUGAUUUGUUAGAUGAAUUAUUAUCUGAGUAUUCUUCAAGUUCAAAUUAAUCUAUAAAUUUCUACAUCUGUAAAUACAUCUAGUAAAUCUCAAAAAGAAAAUUGAA